CAGUGCAGUGAAACCGUGACCUGACGUCAUCUACCAGACGGAGAGCUGUGAUUGGUCAGUUUCUCUGUGUUAUUGUGCUACUGUCAGUUCUGCCCGGUGCUGUGGGAGUUGUCCGGCCGACCAACCCCAAUCGACCCCAUCUAGCUCUAAUAAUGAUGAGCAGAAACGUGAUGACGUAACGCGAGGUGGUAAUUUGCUCCGACGCUCGUUGCUGCCCGUAGAAACGCCGAGAGCCCGCUUGACUCCUUUAGUAAGACUUUCUUUGAAACAACGACGACAACAACAAAGCACAUUCACAUCUGACUUAAAUUUGCAUUGCAUGUUUCAAGACAGCGUCGAGCUGACCUCGAAAACAGUUUGCCACAGGUGGGGAGGUGCCGAGGGGCUGUAGGCAGACCCAUGGCUGCCGUGCAUCACCCGGGGUGCCCCCUCAGGGACUCGCUUUACUGGGAUGAAACCGAAUGUCUAAACUACUAUGGGAUGUUGUCUCUCCAUGAGGUCUAUGAAGUAGUUGGUUGUCAGCUGACCGAAACUGACGUUGAAGUGUUGUCAUUCCUCCUGGAUGAAACUUGUCCCGCAACACACCCUCUCGACCCAGCAGAUUGGACGGUUAAGCCCUGUGGAGGCGACCCAGGUGACUCGGGCGUGACCCCGAGUACCGAGCUUCUAAAGGCCUGGAAGCGGUUAAAACCUCGGGGCUCCAGGCAUCCCUUAGCGCCCUCAUACAAGCCCAAGAGUGGCCUUGAGCUGCUGUUGGAGCUGGAUAGGCGAGGAUACCUCAGUGAUGGCAACUUGGAGCCACUAUUGCAACUACUUCGAGUCCUCACUCGUCAUGACUUGCUCCCUUUAGUGUCCCACAAGAAAAGGAGGACAGUAUCUCCAGACAGAAUUAGACAGCGGUACAGAAUAGACCGCCAGUUGGUGUGUGCCUCUGGAAUGCAGCACAGCUACAGACAGGCGGAAAUGCCUCUUCCAUAUUUCGCGCAGCAGUUGAGAACUGGGAUCUACCCUCCUCUGCCUGAGCCACCGGGGAGGAAGAGGAGGAAGAAGAGGGGAAACGGCUGGAGCCGUAAGCCCAGGAAAACGAGCCGACCGGGGCCGCCUCCACCUCCUCCGCCUCCACCGCACAAAGCCUUCUGCAAAAUCCGCCUGCGCGUCCGGGCCGAAUACCUGGAGCACGAUUCGGCCCUCCGGGAGGGCGUCUCGUCGGACAAGCGGCAGCCGCUGGAGCGUCAGUUUGAGUUGUUCAGCAAGGCCAACUCGCUGCUCCGGGCCAGAGACCUGGGUUCCAUCGUCUGCGACAUCAACUUCACGGAGCUGGAGAACCUGGAGGCCUUCUGGGGCGACUACCUGAGCGGGGCCCUGCUGGAGGCCCUGAAGGGAGUCUUCAUCACCGACUCCCUGAGGAUGGCGGCCGGAUCGGAGGGCGUCUGCCUGCUGAUCAGCGUGGACCAGGAUGACUACGAGGAGGGCCGGAUGCUGCUGAGAGCAAGGAGAAUGUUGCCAUCGAGUCAUCGGGGGCGAACAGAGACUCACUGGGCUGUCUAGGCUCAUCGGUGCGCUGUGUUCUCUUUGUAGAAAAAGGAACUGUUGGUGAUGAUGAAGGUUAUCAGUACAGGGCGAAUUUACAAGGCUGCCUCCUGUAGUUGCAAUGCAUGUAAUAAUCACUAGAUGGCAGCUUUCACCAUUGGUUGUUUGUGUUCGCAGCCGGCCUUACAUUUUCAGAAUGGUCUGUAGUUGAAAAAUUACCUUUUUUUUUGUGAAAGUGAAUAAUAAUAAUAACCGAUCAAUGUGCUUUCCCUUGGGAUUCAUGCACAGGUGCUACUGUGUAGAACACCAGCAGGAAACGGGAUGUACCAAGAUUUUUCUUCUUAGUCUCAGUGAGAACAGGAGCGAGCAAGCCUGUACCAAACAAAAUGGUAAGCCCCUCAUAACAUUAUUAAUCUUUAACUGAUGUGCCGCAAAAGAUAGAAAACUAAAUAACUACAGUGUUGAUACUUCACCUUGAAUACAAUAUUCACACGCAGACGUACACCGAUUAAAAAAUCAUAUCAUUCUCAAUCAACUAGUCAUCAAGCAUUCGUCACCCUUUUUUCCAAAUUUAUGCAUACAUUUCGUCAUUCAGAUUCUACGGUGGCUCUCGAAACUCAAAAUGAAAGCGGAUCCCUUUACCCAACUAAACAUACUUUGCCAAAUUUGGUUGGUUUUUAUUUUGUUUGAACUUAAUGACCAUAUAAACUGGCACCUCUUCUUUAAAACUACAAAUUCAAUGGCAAGAAAAGUUUCUUUAACAAUGUGCGACAGAUCUCAGGACAGCUGGAGAAGUGGACUUUUCUCUGUACAGAUUGAUCUUUGUGACCAAUUUUGGAGCGCGUAGCCCGCGCAUAUAGGCCCCCCCCAAAAAAAACCAACCGCUGUGUUUCUCAGCACCGCGUGCCACGCUAACCCGGCUUGUGAUUGCCGUGGUCGGUGGAUACGACUGUUGCCAGUAGAUGACAGCAGUGAUUAGGGCCUAGCCUCAGCAGACCAUGGAAGAUUCAUCAUCCGCAGCCUGUCAACAGCAACCCGAAUAAUACAACGGUGGCUUGUGUCCAGGCUUCGGCAAGUACUUCUCUGGGCAAGUAAAGCACAGGACAGUGCGUCGGUCAAUAGAAGUGAUGUUGGGGAGAUCAAAAUCAAAAGUGCACAUCCCAGCUCCACUCAGCCCUGCUAUGUAGACCCAGCAGAGGGGCUCACGGACAGCUGUCUACUCACCCUGCUGGAACUAAUGCCUGGACUUCACUCAUAGGAGACGAUCAAUAGGGCCCCUCCUGUAAGUCCCCCCCCCCCCCCCCCCACCCACCAUCCCCCCACACAGGCACGACUUAAGCAGGCAGACUUGCUACUGUCUGAUGUGUAGGGCUCCCCGAAGCGACGGGCAGAGGGAGCCAUGUGUUAUUACUAUUAUUAUUAUUAUUAUUAUUAUUAGUAUGGUUGUAUUAUUCCUACAAGGAAAAAAAAAAACAAAUUCAGGAGAGCGUUUUUGUUAAAGAAAAUCUUUUGGUAUGCCAAUUCUGUUUGUAAAAAUCUUUAUACACGAGAUAUUAUUUGUGGUGAAUAAUAAAGGUUUGUUGUCCUUAAA